UCUGAUGUUUUCCAGGUUUUCAUAGUACAAUCAAGUCUAUCAUUAUAAAAUGUUUGACAUGGGUUGUAUUUAUUUGUAGUCUCAAUUACUGUAGCUAGGCCUAUAAAUAAUCAAAAGGUGUAAAACAAGGACGUGUACCACCACAUUAGGCCUUCUCGGAGACUAUAUUGUCAUGUAUUCAAUUCAAGUGGCAAGUUUCCAGAGGACUUUCUUUCGUCAGGUUGUGAAGCGAAUAUGUGCUGGAUAUUAUUGUUGUAAAGUAACAGACAGACAGACUGAAGCAUCAGUUAUUUACAAUAUUGGUCUGAACUUUUGUGCUAAAUUCCAAAGCUUGCAAAAUGACAAUUGUUCCUUUCGAACAUUUUCAACCAGUAGAACAUUAUGUAUUGAAGUCAAGUUAAAAUCAGAUGUGAACAAUGCCUGUACGAUUUUAGGUGUCGACCCAGACUGUGAUAUCGGUGAAUUGAGAGAGGCCUAUUUAACCUUAGCAAAGAAAUAUCACCCCGAUAGUGGUUGCGCUACUGCAGAUCCUCGCAAGUUUUCUCAAGUAAAAGAGGCCUAUAGAUCCGUUCUGGAAGCGAAGAAAGGUGGAAUACUUGAAAAAGAUGAUCCAGAUGACCCAGAUAAAUAUAUUUAUGACAUUAAACACACAGCACCACAACAUCGUCAGUAUCUAUCUUUUGAGGGAAUUGGUUUUGGUAGUCCCAGUCAAAGACAAAAACAGUAUGAGCAAUAUAGAGUGUGGAAAGCUGCUGCCAAUGUUCAAGAGCAUCGGAUACAAAACUUAGCAUCUGAAACUGAGACCGCUUUAGUUGUUCAAGAUAAGAAACAUGCUAAAAAGAUCAAAAUAAGUAAUGCUAUAGAAAGAGUGGUGGAAGACUUAAUACAAGAAUCUAUGAAUAAAGGAGAUUUCGAUAAUUUAAGUGGAUCAGGCAAACCUCUAGAAUAUGUUGGCAGAAAUCCCAUGGUUGACACUGAAACACAUAAUUUAAAUAAAAUACUUAUAAAUAAUGGCUUUACACCAGAGUGGAUUACUUUACAAUCAGAAAUAAGGAAUGAAAUGAAAGAUGCCCGUCAAAAAUUAUCAAUUUUAGCCAAGAAGCUUAGACAGGAACCAGCAGAGGAAAUGGAGAAAAAAUGGCAGUCCCAGAUUAAAAAGUAUAAAUUAAAAGUUAAUGACAUCAAUGAGAAGAUUGACAAAUACAACAUGAUUGUUCCCUUUAUUGAUAAACAGUUUGCACAUUUUGACGCAGAAAAAGAUAUCAGAAGGAUAUCAAAUAAUUUUGAAAAAUAUCUUCCCAGUGAAGAGGAAACAGAACGUAUGUACAAUUCUCAAUUUCUGACUCAAGAACAAUUCUACAUCCAAAACUUGAAUCAUGGUGAAAAAAUCAAAUGGAGUGAAGUAUGGCAUAACAUUAAAUUAGUCUUUAAAUCCACAUCCACUGCAUAAUUUAUUAUGAACAUCUGUGAAGAAAGUUAAACCAUGUUUGAUUUGGUGUGAUUUUCAAACAAACAGUUUAUUAUGAAAAAAACAUGUUAACACUCUCCAAAAUUCUAACUUAUCUAAGAAUAUGAAUAAAACAGCAGUUGCCAGGCAAGAUAUGGACAACCUUGGAAUGACAUACUUUUACACAAUUUGUGUACAAGGAGCCGCCAUUUUGUCAGGCAGUUUUGGUCCGAUUUUCACGAAAAUGGAACUCAACUGUCAUUAGGGUGUAACGUUGUAAUGUUUUUUUUUAAAUUAGAUAAAAAUUGUGACUUCUAGAGGGUCCACAAGCUAAGAACAUGAUUUUUCGAACAAUCCAGGAAGUUACAGUCCGAUAUGCGCAAAUAUCACAAGGAAUGAAGAUUUUGGGAUUAUAAUCAUACAUUUCAAGUUUCAUAAAAAUCGAAUAAAAUUUGUGACUUCUAGUGUGCCCACAACUUUGGUAUUACAUACUUUUACACUAUUUGCAUACAAGGAACGACCAUUUUGUCUGGCAGUUUCGGUCAGAUUUUUAUGAAAUUCGAACUCAACCUUCAUUGAUGUGUAAGGGUGGUAUAUUUAAACAAUUUAUUAAAAACUGGAAGUUACAUUCGGAUAUGCACAAUUAUUUCAUUAAAAUCGGAUAAAAAUUGUGGCCUCUAGAGGGUCCACAACCUUGAUACUAUAUUUUUACACUAUUUGCGUACGAAGGGUGGCCAAUUUGUCAGGGUGUAACAGUGAUAUAUUCAAACGUUUUUUUUUUUAAAUCAGAUAAUUGUGACCUCUUGAGAGACCACAAGCUGAUUUUUAUCCGCUCACAUAUUCAUGCGGAUGUAUAUUGUCGUCGCCCCUGUUUUUGUUUGUUUGUGGGUGUAUAAAAAUUAUAUGCAUUGACAUUGACAGUUUUAGAUACGCCCCCACGACCAAUUGUCACGUGUUGAUGAUGUGAGUCCUGGGAAAAAUAAAACUUUUCAUGAUCUACCAGAUGGCUUUCAUUAUAUCAGUUUUUAAUUAUAGCAAAUGUUUAAAUUAUUUGUAAAUUGGUAUGUAUACUAUUAAAAGUCUCUGAUAAUUAUUUCAGGGAUGAGUAAUCUUUUGCCAACUACAGUUAUCUGAAAGUUGAGCCUCAAAGGAACUUCAAUUCCAAAAUAUAUCGAUUCUAUUCUGUAUUUACAAAGGUAUGAUAUGGUCAAAACACCUAUCAUCAUCCUCCCUAAAAUCUCUUUUAAAUCCAAAGAAAUCUAAGCUUGAGGAUUCUCUAGUGUUGAUAUUUUGUUAUUGAAACUAAAGGAUUAAUAAUUAAUUUGGGUACAUGGAUCAGGCCCUGAUAAUUAUAUAUUAUUGUCCUAAAAAUACAAUUGACGAUCAGCAGCUUUUAAAGGAUAUUAACUCCUUGACUGUAUGACUUCCCACAAUUUUAUGAUUGAUGUAUGUCAGAAAUCAGAUAAAUACAUAAAACAUAUUUUCAUGUUUAUUUUUAUUUUACAAAUUUAUACAUAAACAAAUUAAAGAACAGCCCUCUCCCCUUU